AUGACAUCGAGAAAUAAAAAGACGACACGACGACAGCGCGAGGAUCGCCCACGCUCCCUCAUCGAUGACGGUGUCGACGCUGUAUGCAGAAAAGAGGAAGUUGCAGGGACCACGCAUCGCAGUCAGGUCAUAGGAGACUUGACUUCUCCAGCCCCCCUCCGUUCAGCCACACAGGCCCAGGGUCAAGGUAGGUGCGAUGUUAGUGAUUUCCGUGUGACUUCUCCACUUGACGUGAAUUCCGCGCCGGUGAUACAGUCAUUCAGCCCGGCACCAGCUCUCGGUGCAAGAAAGGGAGCCUUCCUCGACUGUCCUGCCGUCUCCUCCAACCAAGAGUCUCAACAAGUACUUGGUCGUGUCGCCGAUCCGAGGAUCGACAACCUAGAUUCGAAUCAGAAUCCCCAGGUCGGCCUCCCAGGCGAGGAUGCCGACGCGGUGCGACGUGCCGCGAUCGCAAGCACGCGUUCUACACGCGAUGCGAUCGUGGGCGCGCACCCCCAAGCGACCGACAGUGUUGGUCAGAGAUACCAAAACAUCACCGUGGAGCUAAAGUGCGAUGAAGCACAUACACGGUUCGACAGGAAGUGUAUAGUACGCGGGGAUGUCGUGGUGGUAUCGAAAUUAAACGAUAAUAUAGGAGGUAGACGUCAUGGCGCCCAACGUGGGGCCUUCCAUGAAGGUAGUAAUGGAAGACCUGCUUAUUCAAACAAUAAUAGUGUUAUAACCAGAGUAAAUCGGCUGAAUGCUGUACACCCCGUGAAUGUGAAUCAUAACAAUAUUUUACAUGACAAUGACUCGAUUUAUAUUGAUGAUAUGAUUGGAAUUGAUAUUUGUAAUGGUAAUGUUUGUGAUUUAGGGGGUUCAGUGUAUGGUGGGGGUGAUAAUAAUUUAUUAAGGGACCGAUAUUCUGCGCAAGGUGACCGCCUGAGCAUCCAUAGUGGACACAGCAGUGUCGCACAGAGUUUGCAGGAUCAGGUAGGGGACUUGCAAAGUCUAACGGCGGGGAUAGCUCGACUUUUAAUCAAUCAAAACGCGACUCAGUCCCCUCCCCCGAGGUUACCGCGAUUUAGUGGACGUGAUUGGCAAGAUCCAGAGGUUUUCUUCGGAAAACUGGAUCGUUAUUUCCGUCGAUAUGAUAUUCCCAGCGAGGAAUGGGCGGAAAUAGCGUUAGAACAACUGGAAGGCAAAGCGGAAAAAUUGUUUGCUCAUUGGAAACACUUGAACAUUCGGUACGACGAUGUCCGUGCGCGAAUUUUAAAAGAAUUCGACUCACCGGAAAAGCAUUGUGCCUUGAGGCCAAAUUGUUUGGUGAAACGCAAAAAUCCGAGCCAACUGAGAUUUUUAUUGCUGCCAAAGAGGGAUUGUUCGAACGAAUUGCUCCGACCACGUCUCCACGUGAACGCGUCGUACAAGUGA